AUGGCAGUUGUUCUCACCCUUCUGUCUUACGUAGGCAUUGCAUCUGCAUUUGUUGCCCUCACCCUUGCAAUUGCCUCCGGACUAUAUAUUUUAUCUGAACAAGUUGAAGAACACACGGUCACAACUAAACGUCUACUGACCCGACUGAUCCAUGCCAUCAUUGCCAUUCACAUUCUGCUUCUUCUCUUUGAUCACUUCCCGCUCUGGACAACUCUCUUUUCCAUAGCAUCCAACUUUGUGUAUCUUCGCAACCUCACCAGAUUCCCCUUCAUCACUCUAACCUCAGGCACCUUUUUAUUAUCGUGCGUGUGUGUUGUUUCAAACCAUUAUCUGUGGUUCCGAUAUUUCACAGAUCCAGCCAUCCCUCCCUAUGCUAUCUUCAAAACAAACCCGCAUUUUGGUGGCCAGACCCAUCCACCUUUUGCUCAAGUUGCUUCCUUCUUGGGCAUUUGUGUGUGGAUGAUUCCAUUUGCCCUCUUUAUUUCGCUUAGUGCAAACGAUAACGUUUUACCAAUGACAGAUCCAGCUCUUGAUGACACUGGAGCCGCAUCGGCAAAGGCUCGCGCUAAAAGCACAGGUUUGGCCAAGGUCAUAAUUGGCACGGCGUAUGACUGGAUCAAGAGGGUUAGUAGGGCCCUGGGGUAUGAAUUGGAUCCAAACUAUGGUCGUAUAGUGUAA